AUGACGUCUACCGUAACCAUUCGUCUCUCAGACGCCGUCGACAAUUUUAUCGCCCUACGCCAAUCUAUCUCGCCUUUGCCAUCGUCUUCGCUUAUCUUUGAAAGAUACCGAAAUGCGACUCUGUCCAAUCUUUCACCUUCAAGACUGUGGAGAUGGUCACGCAGUUGGUCGCCGAAGGGGCUUGAUUACCUAAACCCACCUGGCCGUGAAGGUUUGACCGACGAGCUAUCAAAUAUAUCGCCGUCAACAAUACUCAUCAUUGCUUCCUCUCUGCCACUGGGAGCAUUUGACAAGUUGUCGCUAGCGAAUGCUGACGACAUUGCACAUAUCAUGGAGACCCGUGAAUACAAGGGCGUCCUGCUAGUAGAUGGUAUGAUGCAAAAAAGCCAUAUUGAGUUGCUGAAAGAACGGCUUAAUGUGACUGAGGCGUUUCAAGGUGUACCUGCGCGACAGGUCUUCGCUGCUCAUCUCCGUGCCGCAUCACGCCCCGGGCUGAGUGCGGACAUGAAAACAAGUACUUCUCUCUGGGCUGGAUCAACUACAUUGCGUGGAUCCGAACAUUGGAUGUCAGGCUUUGAACUAUAUGACCCAUCGAAUGAUCACUCUUCUCCACGGCGACAAAUACAGACUAUCCAAGCAACUCAUGGCGUUUUUGUGGAGUGCUCGGGAGAAGUGCCCGAAUGCGGCGCAGUGCUCGCUGCGUCUAGAACACUGGAACUUCGGAUGGGCAUGGGAUCUGACUCCACGGCAGCGAGCUUUGUACAGGAGUGGAUCUCUGUAGGAUGCGCCAUGCGCCUUCUGGUCGGUAAAGCGCAGUUUUGGUGCUUUUGGACCAGGACGCAUGGGGAGUGGUCAUGCCGCGUGAUUCGUCUUCCAAAAAUGACUCGAACUCAAACGAAAGUACUCCAUGUAGGUCCGUUCGCAUGCCCCAAUCUGGUUAUGCCUGAGCAGGCUAAGCCAUUUGCCGCAUCAGAGAUUCUUGGAAGAUUGCCAGAAAUACGACUAGGAAAUUCGCGACCAGACAAAUGCGAAGCCCUCUCAUCAAAGAAUAGAACGAGAGUGGAUUUUGACUCUGCUACCGUUACUCACCGCACUGAUGACAACGUUGACAAUGACGCGUCAAUCACGGAGCGCAAACAAAGAAUCGCGCCAGAGAUUCUAGGAAGAUUGCCCGAAAUUCGCCUCAAUGAGUUCUCAAGAUCAUGCAAGAACGAUGUCAAAUUACCGGGAGACAGGAUGGGAAUCCGCUGCGAAGCGACCGAAGCUCUAGCUUUCGCUGCAGAAACCAAUGCUUGCAUCAUUGAAGAUGCUCCGCUAGACAAAAAGAGGCGGAUAGUGGCUGCUGCGCCCCCCCCUAAGAAGGAUAGGGCUUCUCCUCCCAUUUCAGCACCUGAGCAGGACUUUUUGAACACCGCAGCUGCCGAAGAACAGAAACCAUACUGCAAAUUCUCGGGCACGUCCGUGGUGCCUAUUUCCACGAAUGGGAUAGUUUCGUCUGGGCAUAAACUUGAAGCCCAAGAAUUGGCCACGGGAAAAAGGCUGAGAGCUACAGACGACGAUGAGCUCUCGGUUCUCAGUACUUCUACUUUGCGGACAACAUCUGCUUCUCAAGGUAAAUCAAUUCGAAAUGAACAGAUUGCCUUGAAGCGACGGAGAUUUCAGCGACUGCAAGGGAAAAGCGGAGAGAGUCGCUUGAAGUUUAGGCCCAGAGAUGCAAAGCGGAAAUCAACCGUGUUGCAAGGAGAUAAACGUCAGGUUGCAGACUCAGUAACAAGCAAGAAAGAUGGUCUUAAAGACUCUCAGAAGUUGAUGCUAAGCAGAAGAACCUAUGUGGCAGCAGUCACGAAGAGAGUGUUACACGCUUUAGAAGAGUCAUCGCCAUUUUUCGACUUCGAUGUCCUCAGUAGACCAUCACAAGAAAUUGCUUUGCCAGGGAAACGAGCUCACCACCUCGGGAAUGAAUGGAAAGAGUUCUUCCAGGACUUAACAACAAUCGGUAGAAGCAAAUUUCCAGUCGCCAAUACACAUGGCGUAGAAUAUUGCCGCGAAAGCGAGAGUAAGGACAAGAAGAUGAUGCGGUUAGAGCAGUAUUUUGGGAAACUGGGCAUAGAAUUCGGAUCGGCGCUCGGGCAUGUGUUACCAAGUGAUGCUGUAAAGCUUCAAGAACAACUGCGACAGCUUGCAAGAGGCGAUGGCGGACGUGGGAAAAGAAAAAUCUCUCGCAUGCACCUGGCAAAUGAGCAUCUGGACCGCAGAUACUCACCACAGAUUUCUCUAAGUAGUUCAGUGAUGCCGCCAAGUCCACGGAGAACAGCAGCAGUGCACGAGGCUUCUUUGACCGCUAGCCGGGCUUCAGUUGAUGCUUUGAAAAGGAAAUGUGCGAUUGUAAGCCCAGAACUUCGAAAUGAGUACUUGGGAAAAGUCGCAGGUGGCGCUGAACUAGUUGCCCAUGUGGUGAACCCGAGAUUCUCUGAUACAAGCCCUCGCAAGGCGGUAUUCCCUUCCAAACAACGGACCGGAAAGAACGGAGACGUGUCUACAUACCCUAAACCUUUUAAGACAGAACUACAAGAGCUUGUGAACGCAGAAACUGGCAAGGAUCCUUUCAAAUGCUGUGAAACGAUUACAGAAUUGCUGGUCGCCCAGUUGAAGCUAUUGGACAAAGGAAAAAGGAAAGCACUUGUAUAUCAAGUGGUCGACACACUAACCGAGCAAUGA